GGGGAGGGAGGAGGCCCGGCGAGGAGCGGGGGAGGGGGAGCAGCGGUGGCGCAAGACGCGCGGAGCAGCGCAGCCCGGGUCCGCUCCCUGCUUCGCCGCCGCCACCCGCCCCAGCCAGCAGAGCCGGCGCCCCAGCGGCCCCCGGAACACCUGAAAGCGGACGAAGGAGUCCAUGUUGGGGAACUUGGCGGCGGCGUGACGGGGACCUAGGGACCUGCAUUGGGGCCGCCGCCGGAAUCCCCGCGCCUCGACCUCGGCCUGAGGAAUCCCUUUUUCAAGGAGAAAUGAAGAAGAAAACUCUCUAUACCCUAAAUGUGGGCGAUCAGGAGUAUGAAGACAUGGAAGGUGAAGAAAACAAAGAUAAUACUGCAACCACUGGCCUGUUGUACAGUGAAGCUGACAGAUGUCCAAUAUGUCUCAGUUGCCUAUUAGAGAAGGAAAUUGGUUUUCCAGAAAGCUGUAAUCAUGUCUUCUGCUUGACCUGUAUUCUUAAAUGGGCAGAGACACUGGCUUCAUGUCCUAUUGACCGGAAACCUUUUCAGGCAGUGUUUAAAUUCAGUGCAUUGGAAGGUUGUGUUAAGGUUCAAGUAAAAAGACAGUUGAGAGAAACAAAAGACAAGAAAAAUGAGAGCUCUUUUAAGAAACAGCUGUCCUAUCAGGAAAAUUCUAAAAGCUGUGUGAGAAAAAAUGUCAUAAGAGAAGAUCUAUUAAGUACAAAACUUUAUGACUUGAAGAUGAUAUACAGAAACUCUAAAUACAGUGAAAUGGGAGGAAAGAAAAAUGCAAUAAUAAAGACAAAUAAGCCUCGAAGAUCAAAUCAGUGUACAAAUCAUUGCUUCAGAAAUUUUUUCUCCAAUAUCUUUUCUUCUAGUAGUCACACUGGAGAAUCUUCUUUUACCUGUACAGCAUACUGUGCAGAAUUUAUAGAAGGCAGUGAAAUCAGUGCAUUGAUUAGGCAGAAGAGACAGGAACUGGAAUUGUCGUGGUUUCCUGAUACAUUACCUGGAGCUGGAAGAAUUGGUUUUAUACCCUGGAAUAUUGAAACAGAAGUCCUUCCUCUCAUCUCUUCUGUGUUGCCAAGAACUAUUUUUCCAUCAAGUACCAUAUCUUUAGAAAAUUUUGGUACUUCUUGCAAAGGGUAUGCAUUAGCACAUACUCAAGAAGGAGAAGAGAAGAAGCAAACUUCUGGUACCUCAAACACCAGAGGGUCAAGACGAAAACCUGCAGCAACAACUCCUACAAGGAGAUCUACACGUAACACGAGAGCUGAACCAGUCAGUCAGUCUCAGAGAUCCCCAAUAUCAAAUAAUUCUGGGUGUGAUGCUCCAGAUAACAAUAAUCCAUCUGUGAGUGUUUCCUCUUCAGCUGAGUCAGAAAAGCAAACGAGGCAGGCUCCAAAACGGAAGUCUUUAAGAAGAGGAAGAAAACCACCUUUACUGAAAAAGAAACUUCGGAGUUCUGUACCUCCCCAUGAAAAAUCAUCUUCCAGUGAUUCAGUAGAUGAAGAAAUGGCAGAAUCUGACAUACCACCUGUGUUAGAGAAAGAAAACCAAUCAGAGGUAGAAAGUAGUGACACUGUGCAGGUAAAUAGAGAAAAUGAGCCUGCUAAUGGCUUGAGAAGUUGUAGUGGGUUAAUAGAAGAAAAUGAGGAACGUACUGAGACCAGUGAUACAGAGGAAAGAGUGGAAUCUUCAUAUUCUGGAUCUGGUGCCCAAGAUCCUCCUGUGCUAGUUGGAGAGGAGGAAGAAAUUAAAAAAGUUAAGAAUACAGGUAUAGAGGCUAAUGUUUUAUGUCUGGAAAGUGAGAUUUCUGAAAAUAUUUCUGAAAAAGGAGGUGAUCCGUUGGAAAAUCAAGACCAAAUAGCUGGACCUACAGAUUCAGAGGUAAGAGCAGAUACAUUUACAGAUCAUCCUCCAGAUGGUUUUCUUCCAUGUUCAGGGUCUGAAAUUGAAGUACACCAAUCAGUAUCAAGCCUAGGUGACUUACCUGUGAAUGCAGAGUCAGUGGCUAAUGAAGAAAAAGUUAUGGAGAGUCCUGUAGUGGAAAUGAUUGAUCAUAAAGAUUCUACAAUAAAAACAGAGCAGUUUGGUGACAGCCCAAAAUUAGAAUCUUCUGAGGGUGGAAUUACACAAACAUUGGACAGAAAAUCUAUUAAGAGCUCAGAGGUUGGGCAUGUUGAAAAUGAAAAUGUAGAAAUAAUUGCAACAUGUAAUACUUCAGGGAAUGAAAAUUUCAAUAGUAUUCAAGACUCUGAAAAUAAUUCAUUAAAAAAUAAUCUUAACACCCAAUUGGACAAAUCUUUAGAAGAAAAGACUGAAUCUCUGGUCGAACAUUCCAAAACAACAGAAUUGCCUAAAACACACAUUGAACAGAUUGAGAAGCAUUUUAGUGAGGACAAUAAUGAAAUGAUACCUAUGGAAUGUGAGUCAUUUUGCAGUGACCAGAAUGAAUCUGAAAUUGAACCAUCUGUUAAUGCUGAUGCUAAACAAUUGAAUGAAAAUUCUGUGGAACACAGUUUCCAAAAGAAUAUGUCAUCUUCUGAUCCUGUAAAAGAAAAAGUUGAAUCUGUAUCUCAGCCAUCUGAAAGUCCAAUAGAUACGAUAGAAAAAGCCAAAAAGCCUCGUACACGAAGAUCUAGAUUUCAUUCUCCAUCUACAACUUGGUCUCCCAACAAAGACACUGCGCGAGAAAAGAAGCGGUCUCAGUCUCCAUCUCCCAGAAGAGAAACUGGAAAAGAAAGCAGGAAGUCUCAGUCACCAUCUCCCAAGAAAGAAUCUGCAAGAGGACGGAAAUCAUCUCGUUCUCAGUCCCCAAAAAAGGAUAGUGGAAGAGAAAGGAGACCAUCUCAGUCUCGAUCUCCAAAAAGAGAUGGCGCUAAGGAAGGCAAAAGAUCUGAAUCACUCUCCCCCAAAAGAGAUACUUCUAGGGAGAACAGAAGAUCUCAGCCAAGAGUGAAAGGUUCCUCCCCAAGAGAAAAAUCCAGGUCCCAGAGCGGGGAAAGAGAAAGUGAUAGAGAUGGGCCGAGGAGAGAUCGGGAUAGAGAAAGGAGAACCAGAAGAUGGUCUCGGUCCAGAUCUCGUUCUAGAUCACCGUCAAGAUCUAGAACAAAAAGUAAGAGUUCAUCAUUUGGUAGAAAUGACAGAGACAGUUACUCUCCUCGAUGGAAGGAAAGAUGGGCAAAUGAUGGUUGGAGAUGUCCACGAGGAAAUGAGCGAUACAGGAAGAAUGACCCAGAGAAACAGAGUGAAAAUACAAGGAAAGAAAAAAAUGACAUUUGUCCAGAUGCUAGUGAUUCAAAUUCUGCUGACAAACAUAGAAAUGACUGUCCCAACUGGGUAACAGAAAAAAUAAAUUCUGGGCCUGAUCCAAGAACCAGAAAUCCAGAAAAGUUGAAAGAUUCUCAUUGGGAAGAAAAGAGAAAUGAAAAUUCAGGGAAUUCUUGGAAUAAAAACUUUGGUUCAGGCUGGAGGUCUAACCGUGGUAGAGGUAACCGUGGCAGAGGCACUUACAGAGGUGGUUUUGCCUAUACAGAUCAAAAUGAAAAUAGGUGGCAAAACCGAAAACCCCUCUCAGGGAAUUCAAAUAGUUCAGGGAAUGAGACUUUGAAGUUUGUGGAACAGCAGCCCUAUAAACGGAAGAGUGAGCAAGAGUUCUCAUUUGAUACACCGGCAGAUAGGUCGGGAUGGACAUCUGCAUCGAGUUGGGCUGUGAGAAAGACUCUACCAGCAGAUGUACAAAACUAUUAUUCACGUCGAGGGAGGAAUUCUUCAGGUCCACAGUCUGGAUGGACGAGACAAGAAGAGGAAACAACUGAACAGGAUUCUAACCUAAAAGACCAAACAAACCAACAAGGCGAUGGUUCUCAGCUACCUAUAAAUAUGAUGCAACCACAAAUGAAUGUAAUGCCGCAACAAAUGAAUGCGCAACACCAGCCUAUGAAUAUCUUCCCAUACCCAGUUGGUGUUCAUGCUCCUUUGAUGAACAUCCAGCGUAAUCCAUUUAAUAUUCAUCCUCAGCUGCCCUUGCAUCUGCACACAGGAGUGCCUCUCAUGCAAGUAGCUGCUCCUACCAGUGUAACUCAGGGACUACCACCACCCCCACCCCCACCCCCACCAUCCCAGCAAGUCGGCUACAUUGCUUCACAGCCAGAUGGAAAGCAAUUGCAGGGUAUUCCUAGUGCUUCUCAUGUAAGUAAUAACAUGAGUACGCCAGUCUUGCCUGCUCUGACAGCAGCCCCAGGAAAUACGGGAACAGUUCAGGGACCAAGUUCUGGUAAUACUUCGUCAUCAAGUCACAGCAAAGCUUCUAAUGCUGCUGUAAAAUUGGCAGAAAGCAAAAAAUUGCAAAUUCAAGAAAGAGCAGCACAGGAGGUAAAAUUGGCCAUUAAGCCAUUUUAUCAAAAUAAAGAUAUCACCAAGGAAGAAUAUAAAGAGAUUGUACGCAAAGCGGUAGAUAAAGUUUGUCAUAGUAAAAGUGGAGAAGUAAAUUCUACUAAAGUAGCAAAUCUGGUUAAAGCCUAUGUAGACAAAUACAAAUAUUCACGGAAGGGAAGCCAAAAGAAAACUCUGGAAGAAACUGUUUCUACUGAUAAAAACAUAGGCUGAAAUGGGGCGCUCUAUAAAGGACACUGUCAAGAUAUCUGCAAAGUGCAAUUUCAACAUGUACCCUUAACUGAAAAUCAUAGAGAACUGUGAUUGAAAUUUGGUUUUGAUAAAAUUAUUUUUUUUAAUGUAGGAAAUAAUGUUUUGUUCUAAAUAAAGAUAGUUCUACACAACAGCUUCUAUAUCCCCCCCCAAUAAAAACAAAUUCAGAGAUAAGUAAAGGGGUUAAAGGAAUGUGCAUUUUUACUCAGACUGUGUUAUAUUGUGGAUACUGGAAGAUGUACAGCUUUUUGAUUUGAACAACGAAGUGCAUAAAUUAGAAACUUCCAAGUGCACUGGUUUUGGAAGAGAUAUAUAUAUAUAAAAUACAUUUAUUCUGUCAGGCUAAAAAUAAAGUAUGAUCUUUAUGAUUCUUCUCUCUAAUUAUAGAAAGAUAAAUAAUGUAUUACCAUGAAAAAGAUUUCUAAGAACAUAGCAGUUGCAGGGUUCCUAAUGUGUAUUUUGAAGCACACAUCUGAAUAAAUUGCUUAGAUAGAAAACAAAUUAUCACAUGAGUAAAAUUCAGUGUUCAAAUUUUUAGAACACUGUUCACCUAUUGUAUCACCAAAUAAAGGUUAUGCUGCUUGUUUUUCUUUUGUGCCUUUUUUUCCCCAAUUGAGAUGAAGCAAUCUGAUUAGCUAAGUUUACAACUCUAACAGUCCAAGCUCUGUUGAAUUUAGAAGACCUGUUUGGAAAAAGUGUAAAAAUUAUGUUCUUCCGUAUCUUCUCAUCUAGUGGUAAAUCGUUUGUGCCAGUUGGAGAAUUGUUAUUAAGUAGUGACCUUGGGAUUAAGGUAGGAUGGGGACACUCCAGCGGCUUUCAGGUUGUUGCUCACUGUCUAAUCACUAAUGAAAUUCUUUUCACACUUGAGAAAUCUCUAAAUGCUUUACAGUGGAUAUAGUGGCAAUUUGAUGUUGCAAAAUCCUAGAUAUUAAAACUUGUGUUUUGGAAAAAGUGAGGAAUUAAUAAUGGAGUCUUGGUUAGGCUUUCAGGGACUAGAGAUUUGGUUGUUUUGUUUUUUUUUUAAAGUACUAGAAUAUGUUAAUUUUUAUUAAAGGUAAGUUUCAAAUGUUAUAGCCUUAUUAUUUUAAUUGGCAUCAUGGAUGAAAAAAAUGGGUUAUCUCCAUGAUAAAUUAUAUUUCAUUCCAGUAAUAAUUUUCAACACAUACCGAAUAACUGGAGAUUUAUUCAGAUAAAGGUAUUAAUGGCUCCAAGGUAGAUAUAUGCCUCAGACUAACCCUUAAACUAGCUAAAUAGUGAGUCAACUCUGUAGGACUGUGCUUUUCUGAACUAAAGAUGAUCUGUUUCUCAGUUUUAUGUGUAUAAUACUUUGCUGGUGCUAGAAUUGAUAGAAUUUCAAAAUGUUGGCCCCAAUAAUGAUUGUGUUAGUUCAUAAUCUUUAUUAGGUUAUGAGUAUAAUUCCAAAAAGUAUUAGCAAUAUUUCCAAGCAGUUUUUGAUCUUUAUUCUGUGUUUCUGGGCAUUUGUAAUAUGGUAUUCUACUGAUUUAUAUAUAUUUUUAAUUAAAGUUUGUGUUUAGAUUAUGAUGGGGAAAGAAUUUUGGAAGUAUAUUUCUUCUUAUAAAAAAUACUAAGACAAGUGUUUUGAAUAUCAACACACACCUCCUCAUUUAUUUCAGUUGAACUCUAGAAACAAUUGUGUGAACUUUUAUUUGAUUUUGGGUUAAAGCUGGUUCACACUUAAAACUUAUUUUGUAGCACAUUGCGUAAAUUGAUUAAACACACCAUACAAUAUUUUUCGUACAUUUUUUUCAGUGACAUUUUGGAGUUGGGUAACAGUUUAAAAUUUACUUUAUACCAUUUAGCUUGUGCAAACAUGUUUAAAGCUUUUGAAGAAAAACUAGGUGAUGUGGUCAAGAGUAAAAGUCUCACAUUUUUGGUAGGAGUGUCAUGAAUUAAUUCUACCUUUCUUAAAUAACAAGUAUGUACUUCAUAUCUGGUUGGGGUACUGGUUCAACUGCAUUUUAAAUAGCUAAUGAAGAAUGUUACUGGACUGGAAUCAAACUUAGAGAACUUUGAAAUAUUUAAAAUGUAUUAGAAAGUGCAUGCUCUGUGUUAAAAAAAUACAUUGCUUUUUAACAUUU